ACGAUUAAUUACUGACCUAAACUAAAAAUAAUUUAGACAAAACAAAGAUGGGAGAGGAAGAGGAAGUGAAACUGUUGGGAACAUGGUACAGUCCGGUCGUGUUAAGAGCAAAGAUAGCUCUUCGUCUCAAAUCGGUUGAUUAUGAUUACGUUGAAGAAGAUUUGUUCGGAUCAAAGAGUGAGCUUCUUCUCAAAUCGAACCCGGUUUACAAGAAAGUCCCGGUUCUCAUCCACAAAAGUAAACCGGUUUGCGAGUCUCUUAACAUCGUAGAGUACAUCGAUGAGACGUGGAGCUCAUCUGGACCGUCCAUUCUUCCUUCUCACCCUCAUGAUCGAGCUCUUGCUCGCUUCUGGUCUGCCUUCGUUGAUGACAAGUGGUUUCCGGCUUUGAUGACAGCGGUGGUCACUAAAUCGGAAGACGCAAAAGCAAAAGGCAUGGAAGAAAUGGAAGAAGGGUUGUUGCAACUCGAGGAUGCGUUUAUUUCUCUUAGCAAAGGGAAAUCUUUUUUCGGCGGUGAAACAAUCGGGUUCAUGGACAUUUGUCUCGGAAGCUUUUUAGUUUUCUUUAAAGCUAGAGAAAAGCUUAAAAAAGAAAAGGUUUUAGACGAAUUAAAAACUCCUUCUCUUUAUAGAUGGGCCAACCAGUUUUUGUCAGAUGAAACGGUGAUGAAUGUGGUGCCGGAGAUAGAUAGAGUUGCCAAGUUUAUAGUAGAACUUGAGGAUAGAGCUCAAUCCGUUGCUCCUUAGCUCCUAGAUCGGAAGACUACCGUAGAAAUGUAUUGUAAUGCAAGGGUGCAUGUAAAUGUAAGAAGAAAAUAAGUUGAAGUUUUAAAGUUUUAAUUUGUAAGA